AUGAAUAAUGAUAUCUAUCAAAGUAUGAACCUUUAGAUAGAUUCACACAUCUAAUAAAAUGAAAAGGGAACCCCUAAUAAUUAAAGGCCAAGAAAUAGCUUAAUUGAUUAACUGUUUAAAUCAAAUGAAAAGAAUUAAUCAACUCCAAUUGUUGAUAGUUUUAAUGAUUUAAGAUUCUAGGAUGCAUAAUAUGAAGUCACACCGAGAUAAGAUUUUGAGAUCAGAGGUCAUGAUAAUUAGCAUAUAACCUUCAGGUCUGAAAAAAAAUAAAAUUAAUAGAAGAAUAAAUAUUUUCAUUCUCCUUCAAAAUAAUGUGAGGGUGAUUUAAGACAUAAGCAAUAAAUUCAAGUUGAUGAAGAGUAGACAGAUUUACAAGAGUAAAGAAAAUAGAAAAUAAGAGAGUUAGAACAAAAAAUAUAACAAGCUCAAAGGAAGAUUGAAGAGAAAGAGGGAUAAAUAAAAGCAAAUUAAGAAAUAAUCAUAAAUUUUGAAAGUUUUAUCUUAAAGGAUUAUAAUCCUGAAGAAUUCGAGAAAAUCAUAUUGUCUGAAAGUAAUUUCGUAACAGAUAAUAUAUUGAUAAAUAAUCUUAUAUCAUAAUUGAAAUCAUUUUUAUCAGAAUUUUAAAAUUCAAUUAUUGAUUUAAUAAAGAAGUUUGAUGGCAAAGUAAAAUUAGACAAAGAUGGAGAAGGAAAAGAUUUUCAAUAAAAUUCACACUUGAUAAUUAAAGAAUUCCAAAAAUUUGCAGAAAAACAAUAAAAGAAUGUCAUCUCUGAUAAUAAAAGCACCAAUACUAUUCAAGAAAUUAGUGAAAGUGAAAAGAAAUUGUCUAAUCAAGAAUUCAAUUUGCUUGUUUCAAAUAUAAUUACUUAAACAAAGUAGUUAAGAGAUAUCAUAUAAAAAAGUUGUUGUCUAUUAAUCAAAUUUAAUUGUGAAAUGUACAAUGGUUUAUAGGGAAUGUCUAAAAGUAUUAAACAACUUGAAUAAAUCCAAAGUAUAACAAAUUCUGUGAAAUUAAAAACAUAAUACUUCUAAUCAAUUAUUAAUGAUCAAAUUAAUCUAUAAAUAACAUCUGAUGACAAUGAUCAUUUACUGUUAUUAGAUUUAUUGAAACAACUAAUACAUAAAUAAGAAUAAGCAUUCUAAUUUUAACAAUUCUUUGCAGAGUCUUUAUUUAAAAGAAUCGAUCUUGUUCAUUAAAGUGAAGACAACCUAAGAGAAGAUAUGGCCAAAAGGCUUCAAAGUUUCAAAUGA